CCUUUCCCGUUAUUUUCCGGUUCGAGUAGCGUAAAGGAGUCGGUCGCGUGUGGACAGAGUUUUAGAGUGUUAAUAUAAAAGUUAUAAAAAUAAACCGCAAAAAAAAUAUGAAAACCGCCAUUUUGUGUAUUUUUAUGAGCUGGCUAGUGAUUUUUCAAAUCCAAGCUGAUGUACAAGAAAACGAUUUUGCUGAGCUUUGUAAACAAUGCCAAGGAAACGCUUUACCUAGGUGCCCACCCGCAGACGAUGCUAGGCUGCGCAAGAGAGUCGAAUGCAAAUCAGAGGGUUGCACAAUAGCGAUGGCCACCGACGCCGAAACCGAAUACAUAUGCUUGAUGGAUGACGAAAGCCAGAAGAGUGUAAUGACCGAACAAAAGGAUAAUGGACCACAGAGGACCACGUUGCCGGUGCCACUAGCUCUACAGAUGGCUGCGACGACGCAAAGCUCUAAAGUGGACGCUCAAGCAUCAACUGAUCUAGCGGAUACAAUUGAAAUUUUUGGAACUGGAGCAGAAAAUGUGAGUGUUGCCGGUCAGGAGGAGAAGAAAGAUACUGUCCCUGCAAAGACAGAGAGCGAAGAAACAAUAAAUAACAAGGAAAACGGGCAAAGUACUGAAAAAGAGGAAAAGUCUGCAGAAGAAGUGGAUGCGUCAAAGCCAACUGGAGAACAGAUAAAACCAGAGCAAGCUAACAAUUCAGACAAGGCAGAGUCAGUAGAAGUUAGCGCUGAAAAAGGGCCUACAGAAAUAGAUUUAGCAGCACCAAUUUUGCCACCACCAAUAGCGAAACCUGAAAUUAUACCAAAUUCUCCAGAUUACCCCGCCGAUGCACCAGCCAUGGAAGUGGCUACUUCGACUGAGGAAGAAGAACAACCGCACGCAGCAGAUGGCAAUGAAUCAGCGAAAGUUGACCAUACGUGGCCGAGUCAAGUAAACAACAACAAAAUGCGAGUGAAAAUAGCGGCGAGGGAAGCAAAGCUAUCGGCAGAGAAAGGUGAAGUAGACCGAACAGUGCUGAGCAAGAUGAUAUGAAUGAAGGCGGGCAUGAUACUUCGGUUGGAGAAAAUGAUAAUACGGCGCAAGUGAGUGAGGGAGAGGUGAUAAGCCUAUCCAUAAGCUGGAAGCCG